AUGUCUCCACUUCUGAGAAGCAUCUUCAAUAUCACUGAAAUGUUCAAUCAAUAUGCCUCAUAUGAUUGUGAUGGGGCAGCACUAAGCAAGAAAGACCUGAAGAACCUCCUUGAAAGGGAAUUUGGAGAUGUCCUUCGGAGACCACAUGAUCCUGAGACAGUAGAUCUGAUCCUGGAACUUCUGGAUCGCGACUGUAAUGGGCUUGUCGAUUUCAAUGAAUUCCUCCUGUUCGUUUUCAAGGUGGCUCAAGCUUGUUAUUACGCUCUCAGCCAGGCUUCUGGGCUAGAUGAGAAGGGGGCCAAAUGUGAGGGAAAGGAGAACCCAUUACAAGAUGCCAGGCAAGAAGACCAAAGGAGAUUUGAGCCCCAGGACAGACAAUUGGAAGAACGCAGGCAGAAGAGGCAAGAACUGGAGAGGGAGCUCGCUGAGGAAGAGAAGCAGCGGCCGCAGAGGCGAGAACCGGAAGAGCGCCUUGAGGAGGAAGAGUAUCUGCAGAGGCGCAAAGGUCGGGAGCCAGAGAAAUUUCCUGACGAAGAGCGAAGGCGAGAGAGGCGGGAGCAGCACCAGCUCCAGGAGGAAGAGCAGCUGCAAAGGAUAGAGCGCCAAGAGCAACGAGAGGAGCUCCAGCAAGAGGAGCAAUUGCAAAGGCAGAGGCGCGAGGAGCCGCGCUUGCAGCAGGAGCUGAGACGCGAGCAGGAGCAGAGACGCGAGCAGCAGCUGAGGCGCGAGGAGCAGCGCUUGGAGCAAGAGCUGAGGCGCGAGGGCGAGGAGCCGCGCUUGGAACAGGAGAGACGGAAAGAGCAGCUGAGGCGCGAGGAGCAGCGCUUGGAGCAAGAGCUGAGACGCGAGCAGGAGCAGAGACUCGAGCAGCAGCUGAGGCGCGAGCAGGAGGAGAGACGCGAGCAGCUGAGGGGCGAGGAGCCGCGCUUGGAACAGGAGAGGCGGAAAGAGCAGCUGAGGCUGGAGGAGCAGCGCUUGGAGCAAGAGCUGAGGCGCGAGCAGGAAGAGAGACGCGAGCAGCAGCUAAGGCGCGAGGAAGAGCAGAGACGCGAGGAGCAGCUGAGGGGCGAGGAGCAGCGCUUGGAACAGGAGAGGCGGAAAGAGCAGCUGAGGCGCGAGGAGCAGCGAUUGGAGCAAGAGCUGAGACGCGAGCAGCAGCGCUUGGAGCAAGAGCUGAGGCGCGAGCAGGAAGAGAGACGCGAGCAGCGGCUGAGGCGCGAGCAGGAGGAGAGACGCGAGCAGCUGAGGGGCGAGGAGCCGCGCUUGGAACAGGAGAGGCGGAAAGAGCAGCUGAGGCGCGAGGAGCAGCGNNNNCGGAAAGAGCAGCUGAGGCGCGAGGAGCAGCGCUUGGAGCAAGAGCUGAGACGCGAGCAGGAAGAGAGACGCGAACAGCGGCUGAGGCGCGAGCAGGAGGAGAGACGCGAGCAGCUGAGGGGGGAGGAGCCCCGCUUGGAACAGGAGAGACGGAAAGAGCAACUCAGGCGCGAGGAGCAGCUGGCUGAGGAGGAGGUGGAACAGGAAGAGGCCCGUGAUCGGCGCAAGAGCCGCACCCCAAGGUGGCAGUGGCAGCUCGAAAAUGAGGCAGAAGCUCGUCAGAGGAAAGUCUACUCCAGGCCCCGCAGGCAGGAGCUGAGGCACUGCCAGGAGCAGGAGGUGGAGAAGAGGCGGCGCCAGGAGCGCGAGCGGCAACUCCGGGAGCAGGAGGAGGACCGCCAAUGGCAGCGCGGGUUCCGGCCCCUCCGGGAGGAGCGCGAACGACGGCUGCAUCGGGAAGAGCAAGCACGCUUGCAGAGGGAGGAGGAAGAGCGGCACCGCGACUUCAAAUGGCAGUGGCAGGCGGAGGAAGAGAGCGAGAGGCGCCGCCAUAGGCUGUCGGCCACGCCCGCAUUGCAGGAGCUGCGGGAGAGACAGCUAAGAACGGAGGAGCGGCAGGAGCGGGAACUGUUCCGUGAGGAGGAGCUGCAGCGCCGCCAGCAACUCGAGAGGGGGCAGGAGCAGCAGGUCCGUGAAGAAAAGCAGCUCCAGUUGGAGGAGAGCUUCCAAGAGGAUCGGGAGAGGAAGCUACGCCAGGAAGAGAAGAGCCGCGAACAAAAAUGGAGGUGGCAACCAGAGGAGGAAAGCCAGAGACGCCGCCACUCUCGUUCAGCCAAGCCAGCUGAACGAGAGCAGCUGAGGGAAAGAGAGCAGCUGCAGGGGGAGGAAGGCGAGAAGAGGCGGCGCCAGGAGCCGGAGAGACAAUAUCGCGAGGAAGAGCAGCUGCAGCGGGAGGAAGAGCAGCUGCAGAGAGAGGAACGCGAGAAGAGGCGGCGCCAGGAGCAGGAGAGACAAUAUCGCGAGGAAGAGCAGCUGCAGCGGGAGAGGAGGCGCGAGCAGCGCGACAGGCAGUAUCUGGAGGAGGAAGAGCUGCAGCGCCUGGACAGGAAGCGGCAAUUCCACGAUGAGGAUCAGCGCCGUGAUCUGAAAUGGCAGUGGCAACCAGAAAAAGAAAAUGAAGUUCGUAAUCACAGGGUAUACUCCAAACGCAGAGAGAAUGAAGAAAAGAUCCGGCAAUUGGAAGAUUCCCAGGUUCGAGAGAGACCAUUCCAGCAGGAUCGGUGGCCCCUACAGGAUGAACAGAAAGAGGAGAGAGCGCGAGAAAAAGAAAGGACCUGGCAGCAGCGCGACAGGCAAUUCCCAGCUGAAGAACUGCUGAAGCGAGAGGAGCAAAAGGAAGCCAACAGGCGGGACAGGAAGUUCCGCGAGGAAGAACAGCUCCUGCAGGAAAGGGAGGAACAGCUGCGUCGCCAGAAGCGCGACAGAAAGUUCCGAGAGGAAGAACAGCUCCUGCAGGAAAGAGAAGAACAGCUGCGCCGCCUGGAGCGCGACAGGAAGUUCCACGAGGAGGAGUUCCGAGAGGAAGAACAGCUCCUGCAGGAAAGGGAAGAACAGCUGCGCCGCCAGGAGCGCGACAGGAAGUUCCGCGAGGAGGAGCAGCUCCUGCAGGAAAGGGAGGAACAGCUGCGCCGCCUGGAGCGCGACAGAAAGUUCCGCGAGGAGGAGCAGCUCCUGCAGGAAAGGGAAGAACAGCUGCGCCGCCCGGAGCGCGACAGGAAGUUCCGCGAGGAGGAGCAGCUCCUGCAGGAAAGGGAGGAACAGCUGCGCCGCCAGGAGCGCGACAGAAAGUUCCGAGAGGAAGAACAGCUCCUGCAGGAAAGGGAAGAACAGCUGCGCCGCAGAGAACGUGAACAACAGCUUCGCCAGGAGCGCGACAGGAAGUCCCGCGAGGAGGAGCAGCUCCUGCAGGAAAGGGAAGAACAGCUGCGCCGCCAGGAGCGCGACAGAAAGUUCCGCGAGGAGGAGCAGCUCCUGCAGGAAAGGGAAGAACAGCUGCGCCGCCAGCAGGAGGAGGAGCAGAGGCGGCGCGGUGUCUGGGAGGAAGGAGACAAGGGCAGUCAGCAGGCUCUGGAGCCGAGCAAGCGUCAGUUUGCCAGUGUCCCGGUGCGCUCCAGCCCUCUGUACGAGUACAUCCAAGAGCAGAGAUCUCAGUACCGCCCAUAAGAGAUGCUGCCAAUACCCGGACACCUGCCAAAGCUUCCAGCAAAGGAAAACGAGAAACACUGGAUACCAAAUGACUCAAAUGUUUCUGGUUGUGGGAGAACUCUCUGAUGUUCUAAAAUCCUUUUUUUCAAAACCUUAAACUACGCUCAUUUCAUGUACCUUGUACUCUUGCCUUUUAUUCUUCCUGAAAUAAUUCAUUACUGCAGGGUGUCUUUGCUCUUUGGUGCAGAUGUGGUGUGCAUUUUUUAAAAAUAUAAAUCAUUUAAUUUGUUUAAGGAGUUUUGUUUGGGGAACAUUAAUUUAUUGCUUUCAAAAGUAACAAGAAUAAUAUGAUUUAAGAUUCAAAAGAACUGGGUCUGUUUUUUUAAUGGUUGAUCCAUCUUUUGGAGAGUUCAGAUAUUUUUAAUGUUCCAGUUGGCAUUUCUUCUUGAGCCUAAAGUACAUUAAUAUUUACCUCCAAAUAGACUCGCUUUUGUGGCGUAAUUAGCACAGAUUCUGCAAGGGGACUGAAUUUUUACAGCCCUUGAAUAGCACAGGGGGAGUGACUUCUACAGAAAAAUUCCCUCUGAAAUCAGUCCCUAACUGGAAGAAGUAUCUUUAUUUAGCUUCAAGACUUAGAAUUUGAAUUAGAUUUUUUUUCACACUUCAUAAGCACUUAAAAUCUCAUGAAGCAAAAGCAAGAUGUUUCUCAAACAACUCCAGAGUUCAAAUUUUAAAACUGUCUACUGUAGUCUGUAGUGCUCAGUUCUUUUUCCCCCAGUCUUUGAUGAGUUUGAGACUAUUACUACCUUUGUUCAUUUUAACUGAGAGGAAACCUGCUCAGUAUCCUGUAAACAUCUAUUUAGCUCUAGAGCCAAUAAGAGAUCACAGCAUUUUGGGGGAGGCAAAGGGAAAAUUUGUGAACAGAAGGGCAAAUUCCUAGAGGCCCUUAGGUGAGACUCAUCAGCCCACAAUCCUUUGAGGCCUAUUGAUACUACUUUGGAGACAUUCUUGUUGAAAUGAUUGGACUGUGUAAAAAAUAAUAAAUGUUUGGCAAAUAA